CCAGUCGAGGGACAAUAGAAGGAAAGAAGACACUGUACUAGAUGUUCUUCUGCAGAAACUCACCUGAGAGACGUGAAGGGACACUUACCUGAGAGACCUGGGUUUCAUUUGGACAUUUUAUGUUCAGCAGUACUUUGAAUUUUGAUUAUAUUCCUUUUACUGGCAACGCCACACUGCAGAGGUCACUCCAGAGGUCAGUCCAGAGGUCACGGUCGGGUCCGAUUAGCCUCGGAGGGCAACAUGGCGACCAGGAAGGCCGAGGUGCAGCGGAGGAUCGUGUCCAAAGACGGCCACAACAACGUGCGCAUUGACAACGUGGAGGGCAUGGUGAAGCUCUACCUGCACGACAUCUGGACCACCGUGGUGGACAUGAAGUGGCGCUACAAGCUCACCCUCUUCGCCUCCACCUUCGUCAUGACCUGGUUCAUCUUCGGGGUCAUCUUCUACUUCAUCGGCAUGGGCAACGGGGACUUCGAGCCCGGCCUGAACGCCAACCACACGGCCUGCGUGGUCAACGUGGAGACCCUCACCGGGGCCUUCCUCUUCUCCCUGGAGUCGCAGACCACCAUCGGCUACGGCUUCCGCUACAUCUCGGAGGAGUGCCCGCUGGCCAUCUUCACCCUGGUGGCCCAGCUGGUCAUCACGGGCCUGGCGGAGAUCUUCGUCACCGGCGCCUUCCUGGCCAAGCUGGCCCGCCCCAAGAAGCGGGCGGAGACCAUCAAGUUCAGCCAGUCGGCGGUGGUCUGCCGGCACCGGGGCAAGCUGUGCCUGAUGGUGAGGGUGGCCAACAUGCGGAAGAGCCUCCUGAUCCAGUGCCAGCUGACGGGGAAGCUCCUCCACUCCAACGUGACGGAGGAAGGCGAGAAGACCCAGAUCCACCAGAGCUCCGUGGACUUCUUCAUGGACUCCAGCGGCGAGUGCCCCUUCCUCAUCCUCCCGCUGGCCUUCUACCACGUGCUGGACGAGCACAGCCCGCUGGCCGGGCUCACCGCCCAGAACCUGCGCACCCGCGACUUCGAGCUGCUGGUGACCCUCAACGCCACCAUGGAGUCCACGGCCGCCACCUGCCAGAGCCGCACCUCCUACGUGCCCCAGGAGGUGCUCUGGGGCUACGAGUUCAAGCCGGUGCUCUUCAGCACCACCGGGGGGCGCUACGUGGCCGAUUUCAACUUCUUCGAUAAGGUGCAGGCCAGCAACGACGUGGCCUUCCUCAGCAACAACGCGGAGAAGCUCAAGCUGGAGGAGGAAUUCAAGAAAGAUUAGAGGGGGAUCUACGCUUCACCUUUAUAGUCACCCAGGUUUUUCUUUUUCUAUACAAUUAUAUUUUGUAUGUACAGUGUGACUAACAGUGGAUUCUCAGGUUUACCUGAAACGUCUCCCUUUAUUCACCAAAUACAACAAUAACAAUAAUAACAGCAAUGACAGGGUUGUUUUUGUAAAUAAAGAUUUCUUCC